AUGAAUAAAUACUCUUUAAGAUUCGACAAUCCUAAAAUGGAAGAACUCUAUUUUUAAGAUCAGUAUGAAGAAUUAUUUAAUUUUUAUACUUGGGCUUGUUUUUUAGGUACUAUUAGUGCAAUUUGUGUUUUUACCAUGGAAUUUAUUGUUCCAUUUGGAUUUGGUUUUUGGAAAUACACUUUGAUUAUUAUACCCUUAGGCUUUGGAUUCAGUCAUAGAUUAAUUAAAUUGUUUCCGUAAUAUUUUAAUUAUGUAUUGGCUUUGAUGAACAUUUCCUUAGGGGGCUUAAUUUUCAUUUUACUUUAUUUUUUUUCCAACUCAAACGUACUCUUUUUGGCAGGAUAAACCGUCGCAAUGAUUCAAUAUAGUUUGCUUUUGGGAUCAAACAUCAUAAUCAACAUUUUAGUUCUGUUAAUAAAUUAGAUAGGAUUGAUGGUAUUAACUUCAAUAGUGCAAAACUACUUUAAUUCUUUAUAAUUAAUGUUUAUUUUGGCAUUGGUACUAGUGUUAAAAUCAAUCUGGAGUAGUGAAAAGAUGAAAAGAUCAUUUUUUUUAUUGAAGUAUCAAAACAUUCAACUACAUAAAUAAUUAGAUAAUGUAUUUUAAUUAAAAAUAUUAAGAUGCAAAUUUGAUAAGAAAUUAAAUCAAAUUAGGCUAAUAAAUCUCAAUAAUUAAGCUGAAAAAAUAAUUUAAGACUAAAAGCAAUUCAUUUAAUUUAUAAGACAAUACACUAUUGCAUAAAUAAGAUCCCUCACCUAACCAAUGCAAAUGUUAACAAGUUAACGUCAUAUCAGUAGAGCAUAAACUCUCGAAUAAGUACUUUACAAUAUGCUAGUGGGAGAUGAUAAGGAAAAAUCAUCAGAGAUUUAUUGUGAAGCAACUAAAAUAGCAUAUAGAAUUUGUAUUUAUAAAAUUAUAGAGAAAAAUUAAGUCCAUUUAAUUGUGCUACUAUAAGAAGAUUCAGAGUACUAAAAGAUAUUAAAAUUAAAUAAAGAAGUAAGAAAGAAGAAUCGAAAUUAAAGAUUAUUGUUGAUAUGUCUUGAAAAUGCAAGAAAAUCUUUAUAAAUAUUAAAAUAUUUGACAACAGAAGUUAUUGAUAACAAACAAAAAACACAUUAAAUUAACAUGAAAGUAAUUAAAAUACUCUCAGUUACUUAAAGUAUUUUAUUUAAAUCUGUUCAUGGUUAUUAUAAUGUUCUUAUUCUUAAUAAGAUGUAUCAAUAUUUAUCCGAAACUAUUUAAUUUGAUAUAGAGAGGCUUUUAAUUGAUGUAAGAAAAUUGAGGAAUAUCUUUUGCAAUGAAAAAUCAUUGCCUAUUAAUUAUGAAGGUAAUAAUAUAUAAUGUGAAUCAAAUUAUGUAUUGACAUUAUAAUUAGUUUUAAAUCUACUCCAAGAUUUGUUUAGUGAGCGAACCUAUGAGAAGAUUAUAAUCAAAGCUUAAGUACAACAGUUAGAAAAAACAAAAGUGGUAGACUAUAAGAUCUUUCUAAUGAUAAAUGAAAAAAACGAAAAAGUUUGCAUUCCUUUAAAUAGAAUUAUGAUCAAUUCAUUCAGUUAACUUAAAAAAGUAAAUAAAAAGAUCUUGGAAAUUAUUGGAUGGAAUAAUUAAAUAACGAUAACUCAAAAAUCAAAUUUUGACCUAAUUGAAUACAGCCUUAUACAUUCUCUUAAGGAAUUUAAAGAAACUAUGAAAAUUUGA